CAGCCCCCAGCAACACCAGCUUGAGCACCCCUCCCUCCUCCCACCCACCCUCAGGCACCAAAUACCCUGUGGCGGCGAAGAUGGCAGCUCGUAUUGGUGAUGUUGGGAAACGAGGCAGGUCUGGCAGCCUCCCUGUAUGUACCAGUACUGCAGACAACGCUUCUACCAAAUCCGGGAGUCCCUCGACGGCGGCAAAGAGAAAGAAUCGAAUAGCAGAGUUGAAGACGAGUGCGAUGAGUAUGCUGCCCUCGCUGAAGACCUCGAGCAAGACAGACCAGGUCUCACCCCUCGGCACGCCCAUCAUAGGGAGGAGAGGACACAUCUUCACUAUAAGCACCCCGGUGACGGAGGACGUGGUUAUGAGACCUCAACCUCAGUCCCAGAAGGCUGUGCCGUGUGAGGGCGACCCCUUCGACCAAAGGCGCAAGAUGACCUCUGCACCCAACACCCCGAGACAAGACGAAGAGGAUGACAAGGAGCCAGUGUGGCAGAGGCGUCUUUCACUGCUCUUCGUCCCCCCUACAGAGAACGAACUGGAUACUGAAAAGGAGGAGGAGACGUGUCAGCUGCUGCCGAGUGUCACUUCAGUAGCAGUCCUCCCGAAGCGCCUCUCCGUCGACAGCAACCACUCUCCCGCCCUCCAGCGCAAGGACAAAGAUACAGACACAGGGGAAGAGAAUAGCAAGAGGAGGAAGGAAGGGGUGAGCCAGAGUGAGAAUCCUGUGGUACUAGAAAAGCCCAAACCUCAACAACGGAUCAUCUUCCAGGACACCAAGCACGAGGAAGAGGAGGAAGGAACUCUCUUUAUCCCCAGUUACGUCAACAACGACCAUAACAGUGAUGCAUCCUCUUCAUCACUGGCCACGUCCGAUGAGGAGGAGGCUGGCGGGGACGACUACAAUUCCUGGGAUGACACGAUCUGCUCCAACCGCUCUGCCUACUUCAAGAUGUACUACUCUCAUAGAGGCAUCAUAGGAGGUAACCGUGGUGAAGAUACUAAGUCUAAAGCGUCCCAUGCUUCAUCUCACAACUCCCUGUCAUCACUCAUACAGGAGAGGAUGGGGAAGCCGCAGGUAACACAAUUGAAGAGGACCCGGGCAGAGUUGGGACUGAUGGUGCUGGUGGCAGCGUUGUUUAUUGUCAUAGUGGUCGGCAUCACUCUCACCUCAUACUUCUACAACCUUCACUUACUUGAGCUUUCCAUAUUUAACCGCAUCAAGUUCUAUGAGACUCCAAGAAUUCUAGAAAUAUAUGAUGCAACCUGGAGCCCUUUGACUACUGUACAUCUGGGUAGUAACCUCCCAGAUAACUCAAUACCUGAGGACUGUACACAUUAUCUGCAUUACCUCAAGAAGCACAAUUUCACAAUGCCACACACCCAUGAUAAUGAAGACUAUGAGGACAUGAUAUGUUUGGAUUGGACUGGACUUGCACAAGUACAGCUUCGCAAACUGUUUGCACAAGGUGAUGUUCAGUGUUACUCAGUGUGGUGGAAAGCUUCACAUGAAGGCUUCACUCUGAGAGAUUGCUUGAAAGCAGACAUUGAACAUGGAGCCUGGUGGGGUGGUGGGGAGAUGAGUGACGGUGGAUACCCCAUCACAAAUGCAAACAUUGCACCCAAAGAUAUGGUGACAGGCAAAUUGGGAAGAAAUUCUUGGGGUCAACUUCUGCGUCGCACUUGGCUGUCUGAACGAGCUUCCCUUCUAACUCUACCAGAGUCUUUCAAUGGCCAAGUUUCCAUUAAUUAUGAUAAAGAUGGGCAAAUCUGUCUCGAAUCAGGACCUCACCCAUCAUUAGUGGUCCCGUUACCAUCAAUGAAAUACAAUCUUUGCACAGCCCCUAAUCUGACAUCCCUAAUAUACUUUAUGCACCAGGAAUCUAUAAACAAAAGGAAAAUUGUUGCAGAAUAUACCCCAAGUCUUGUUUCACUUGUUUAUGAUCAAAAAGAGAAACAAACGGUGAUGAACACAGGGACUAAAGUGAGUGCACCUAGGAUAUUAAAAGAGGUGUUUCAAGGUCAAGUUGAAGAGCGUGUUCAAGAGAGGCUAGAACACCCUGUUUGGGUUCCAUGGAUGCCUCCUGACCGUCCACAACUCACACAAGAUUCAGUAAUUGAAUAUGUUGAUAACAUUCUUAAUCAAACAUUUGGAUCCUGGGGGCAUGUUUUACUUCCAGCUUCCUGGCAGGCUCAACCUGGUGACCUGUUAUUUGAUCAAGAAAGAUUUCCAGACCCAGCAACUUUGUCACAGGUAUUAAAGAAAAAGGGCUUCCACUUGGCUCUUACACUUCACCCCUUUGUCAGUGUUGAGGCUUCAGCUUUUAAUAAUGGUACAAAAGAACAGCUCUGGGUAAGGCAGAAAAACUCGACACUACCUGCAUUGGCUCAUUAUGAUGAAACACAUCCUUCAGUGGUUACAGAUUUCAGUAACCCAAGAGCAAAACAGUGGUUUGCUGACCGUUUGAAGUACUUGCAGAACAAAUACAAUAUUGACCGGUUCCAUUUACAGCCAGCGGAUGCUCAUGCUCUUCCAGUUUUCCAUGAAUAUCACUUACCCCUCCCAGGACCUGACUCAGUAUUAGUACAUUUUAUGGCUGCUGUAAGUACUGUAUCACCUCCAGUGAGCACUGAAGGCACAAUCACACCACCAUUACCACCCACCUUCCUGACACUUGGUACAGCAGAUGGAUCCUGGAAUGGCCUGGAGACACUUGUGCCACGUAUAUUAACCCUGUCCAUGUUGGGGUAUCCCCUGGUUGAUAUUGGACCCAUUGGUGGUAUUGCUAGAUCUGGACACGUCCCUGAGAGAGAACUCUAUAUAAGAUGGUUGGAAGCUGCAGCUUUUCUACCAGCUAUGCAGGUAAGUGUGCUGCCAGACAUGUAUGAUGAAGAAGUAGUACAGCUGUCGUUUGAAUAUGCGGCUAUGAGGAAAAAUAUGGUUCUACCUCGCCUGUACAAAAAUAUUACAGGUGCUUUAGAACGUGGGAUCCCAUUAAUUGCCCCUCUUGCCCUCUACGCUCCUGAUGAUUCUGUCGCUGCCACAGUAGAUGAUCAGUGGAUUGUAGGGGAUGAUCUGUUAGUAGCUCCUAUCAUCCGCAGGGGAGAGAGAACCAGAAAUAUUUAUCUCCCUGAAGGGAUCUGGAAAGAUGAAAUUGAUGGACAUUUACGACGCGGUGGACGAUGGGUAAAAAAUUAUAAAGUUCCUUUAACAAAAAUACCGCACUUUACCCAUAAGGCUGUAGAAGAUUAUGUCUGAUAGUCAUCCUGCAUGAACUACCUUACAAAAUUUUACCAAAAUACUCGUAACAUUGCAUUUGUGGUGAUAGUCCAGUACAGUACCUCACUACUGUCAUCUCAUGUUAUUUUCUUGGUAUAUUAUGGAGGUGUAAAGUGAAACUGACCUUCAUUAUAAUACUACAGUGUAUAAGCACAAAGAGAACACUAAGGAAUGUGUAUAUCUUUCAAAAGGACUUCAGGAAUUUGGUGUCAAGUCAAACAGUCAACAAUUCUUAUGUACUGUACUGCACAGUAUUUGUUUUACAGUACAGUAGUAGUACAUAAAAUGAACAUUUGCUUGUGCCGAGAGGACCUUUACCAUUAUUAGGGUAAAUAAUUUAUUUUAUACAUUCUGAAACCAGAAAUGUGACCCUUCUCUUUGUGUGUAAAUUUAAUUAUGUUACUGUAUUGAUAAUUGACCUGCUGUAGUUCUCAAGUUGUAGUGAAGAACCAAAAUGAUAUAUAGCAACAGUAUUAACAUUUAACAAAACACCGCUCUACACUAGUGCUUAAGUCAGAGAUUUUUAUUUAUUUGCUUAUCUCAACAUACAUUUUUUAAUACAGUAUACAGUAGUGGUGAUAUAGUAGUGCAGCUGAGACAACACAGAGAAUAUAUUGCUUCAAACCUUUAUGUCCUUAACUGUUGGACACUAAACGGUACAAACUCUAUAGCAGCUAAAACUAUCAAAGCUUCUUGGGUCCCAGAUUAAUUGAAACUGUUGAGAACAUUUUUAAAUCUUAUAUGUUAUUGGGUCACGUGUGUCUGCAAAUGUAGAGGAGAUUUCUUGUAAUGGAGAACAUUCUGGGUAAAGUAAUGUCAUGUGACGAAGGUGAAGAUUACAGUGUCAGUAGGAAUUGAAAUAUAUCAUGUCUUUUUUUUCCAUGAAUGAAUGUUAUUUGGGAUUUGAAAAUUUUAUGAGUUCAUGGAUAAUGACGUUCACAGUUAACAGAUACUGUAUACAUGUAUUUAUACUGUAUAUACCAUGGAGUUUUUACAACUUUAAAGAGAUGUAAUGAAACUGUAACAAGUGCAGGAUAACACAUGGUGAUAAGGAGUCAUAAACAUUACAAGGUCCUCACUAAAUACUUAGGUAGAUGGCCCAGAGCGAUUUUAAAUUGGCUAUAAAUAAAGGUGACUAUGGCUUAUAAAGUCUGAUAAUAAGGAAAAUGGACAAAUUUCAAAAUUUUUUAUGUAAAUAUGUUUUAGAUUCAAGAUCGAGGUAAUAAUAUUUCUGUUAUCAGUUCUAAAUUGGUCCAGACUUGUGUUAAGUGUGUCAUGGUGGCAUGUGGUCAGUAGUCGACUGAAAAAAAAAAACCUUACACUGACUGUGGCUCGAGUUGUAGUCUUCAAAACAAAACAACUUUACUAGCCUCAAUAAACUCUUCAAACCAGAGUAAAUUUACAUAAUACUGUAACUAUAAAAUAGUGUAAGUUAUUAUAUCAUAAAAUAUCUCUGCAUUAGAGCAGUGCCCAGAAAGCUGCAAAUAACCCUCUGGUACUCCUGGCCUUGAUUGGAAAUUUCACCCCCUAGCAGUCUUUUGAUGUAGGUUGCAUUAGUACAGUUACAGGAACGGUUGUUCCAUUUUAAUAAACAUUGGAUAGAGCGAUGCAAACCCCAACUUAGAGACCCAUCUGCCAGCCCACAAGGUUAGUGAGAGGAACUUGGGUGGUUAAUACGGCCAGUUCACUGUUCCCGCAUUUCUGUUUACGGGAGGGGUGCUCUCAGAGUGAGUUACGGCUGAGCAGGAGAGAUUUUGCCAGCACAGAAGUGCUUAGAGAUGCAAUUCGUGUUAAAAGACCAUGAGAGGGAUAACUGUUACAUACUACAGUAUGUUAUAUUUACAAUUUUAUACAAUGUGCACAAAUAUUAAGACAAAUUAUUAAAUUUUGAUAUGGUUGUAAUUAGAUGAAAUUUAAAUUUUUACUUCUUGUACAUGAUGACAUUAAUUUUACAUUCUUUUAAUAUUAGUCUUAUUGUUGUUGAAAUAAACUUGAAAUUUACUGUACAGUAUUCAUGUUUUGUUACACAUUCAUUCACCGGUUACAUCUUGCACCAGUGUUACCAGACACCAAAAAUUACUGUACUGUACUGUACAUCAAGGUCCAUUCUGAUUACUGUAUUUUAAAGCAAAUUGGAAUUUACUUAUGUGCAGCAUAAAUACAGGGUUUAAUACUGUAUAUGCAUUGCUUUACAUAUUUUUGUGAUGAUUGCUUCAAUGCUUUUAUUAGCAGCAACAUUGUCCUCAACAUGUGAGGACGUGUUGCCACAAAUAUUUUUAAAGCAAUGAGAGACGUGACUGAUCGCCCAAGCGGCUAACGAGCCGAUCAGUGGCGAAGAGGAUAAAAGUAAAAAAAUUUAAUAUUUUUUGACACCCUGUAUAAGUGAACAAAUUAAAUACAGGUAUUAAUAAGUAUCAGAAUGGGUAAAGGGGGUUAAAUAUUGAACAAGGGAACAAUUAACAUGUGUACAACAUUCUACAGAGACUUAGAAUUAUUGGGAUAAAUGAUAAUCUACAUAAGGAAAAGUCACUUAUCACUACAUGUACUAGAAUUAGGGAGAAAAAUGUGCUGCAGAUGCCUGUUUAAACAGUUUUGUCAUUGAAUACUUUACGCUCUAUGAUUGAGACAAAAAUACUCAAAGCAUUUUCUAAAAAAUCCCUUUUGUUCUGUAGUGCAGAAAACAAGAGGAAACGUACCACGUGAAUGAUAAGGAGAGCAACUUAAGUACAGUACUAUACCUCUGUUUACUGUCCAGGACCUAAAGUUAAAAGAUACUGUAUAGUGAGGACUGAGGGGGAGGAAAUAAGUAUAGUACUGUAUCUGGUGCAUAGACUGUGACUUUACAAUAUAUAUGUUAAGUUGUAAAAUGUAUGGUUUUUACAUAUGGGUUAGUACUAUUGUUGUCACAAAUGUGUUUUUAGUUUAAGAAGGGGAAUAUCACAAAAAAUGAGUUAGCUAUUAAUUCUCAUAUGGUACUCACUGUUAUGUGUAUUUCCAUUAUUCUUUUAAUUCUGUUUAUGAUCACGACAUUCAUGAAGGAGCCAUGUUACCAACCAGCCUCAGUGUAUGGUUUAGAACCCAUAUAACACCUUGUGAGAAUGUUUAAAUUGCUGAAAACAAUGUUCCCCAACAGCGUUAACCAGAAUGAUAUUCCUAUCUACAGAACUGUUAAACAACUGUCCUUCUGAGACAAGUUAUAUUCCAACACCACUAAAAGGGAAUACUGUACUGUACAGUACAUAAUCCACUUAGCUGUCUCCAGAGAAACAUAGAGUUGAAUAUGAACCAGUAGCUAGCAUUAAGUUGGGGUUUGUCCAGCGAAAUGGCAACAGCUGUCUCGGAGACACCCCCCGGCUAAAUCUAGAAGGAAUAGCAAAAUAUUUUUCACUUGGAUUUUAUUUCAUAUGGCAAGUUUUUGAGUAGAUUUUGCUGGCUGCAUAAUUUGAGUCAAUCACAAAGAAUAUUACUUGUACAUUAUAAGUCGGGAUACCUGUAUCGUGAUCAAUCAUUCAUAUUGUGUUAAAUAACAGUUGUUAAGUCAUUGAGUCAUACAUGAAGAUGUUCAUAAUGAAAUUUGAAUGGACUGUCCAUAUAUUUUUAAUGACAAUAAAAACUUUCUGAGUAAAGUAAUUUUAGAUAUGAUUUAUGCUGUCAUUUCCUUAUCAAAGGUUCUUGGAAUGUUACCAAGUCAUAAGGUGACUCUUCCUGUGAGUAUUAAGAAUAAUCCCUCAUAAUUUUCAUGAGUUAUAAAUGUAAACUUUAUUAAUCAGUUCAAUUGUUUGGGGCAGUUAUUUCAAUACAGCAAUAAUUACAGUAUUAGAUGCACACUGUAUUAAGAUCAGAGUGUGGUAGAGUUUUACCUCAAGGCUCAUGUGCCUGGAGUUGAGGAGGUUGAUCUUGCUUUUCUGUUUUAAAGCAGAACCACAACAAAAUUGACUUGAAGAGCUGUGUGCUAAGAUGAAGAUUGUUAACCUUCAGCCUCUAGUGUCUCCUGAGGAAUACAUUAAGGUUGGGAAAGGUGAACUAACUUCUAAAUCAUUAUGAAUUUUAGGUCCCUGGACAGACUUAAUGACUGAGUUGUCCAAGACUGGCACCGGGGUAGAAAAGAAAUCCUCUUACAUGUCUCCUUUUUUUGUCUGUUUUAUAGCCAGUUAUUGUAUGUGUUUCUCUUGUUUUUGUUUUGUCCUUGUCUAAUAUUUAAUUAACGUAAUAACUAUGGCUAAAUUAUUAGAACUCCCGUGCAGUUACCGUAUAUUUAACACCCAUUAAUAUUUACUGUAUAUAUUUAUAUCAUAUUUACUACAUCAUACUUUUUGGUUGGAUCAUUUUUAUUCCCUGAAUGUUUCACUUUAUAUUUAGUUUGUUGACCUGAUGACAGUGUAUUUUAAGUUAAGGUUUUAUGAUUUAUAUAGUUAAACAGAGCUUAAUGUAUUACAUUAAAACUUACAUAACUGGAGACAGAACUCUGAACUUGGUCACACUGCUACAUUCCAUUUGUUUUAUAUUGUAAGAUAAUAAUAAUUUUCAUUUAAAUCUUCACAAAUGUGCUUGAUAAAGAUGUUAGUACACUAUCAUAUAUACCGAGGUAUUAUGAGAGAAGGAUUGCAUAUUAUAUACCUUUAAUGCUUAUUAUUUUCUCAGAUUACAAAGGUGGCAACACAAAGAUUCAAAUCCACUAGCUUUAUGUCACUAUUGUACAGGAUAGCAUCAUGUUGGCUUGUACCAUUUAGUUAAUCAGGGGUCUGGGAUGACCAAAGGACAAGCACUGCUCAGGUUGAAGUGAAGAAUAUAUUGCCAGUUCCACCCUGUGCCUUUCACUUAAUAUGUUCCAUGUUACUACUGGUUACAUAAUUUUGUUCUUUUUGUUAUACAGAAUUCCUAAUAUUUGGUGUCCUUUUUUUAAACUUGGUGCGAUACAUGUAAUGUGUACUUGUAAAGAUGUGUAUACUUUUGUGGUUAUGAUGUAACUUUAACACUGACUGUAAAUAUCUUAGAUGAAUAAAUGUAUAAUUGUA